AUCUUAUCUUCGUGGAUCAAGUCUGUUCGGCUCUGCUCCGACCGAAUUUCUGGGAAGCUGGAAGCCAGAGGGUUCCCGAACGCGCCUUUAACAGUGUUACUCCAAUACAGUACUCCACCGUGCAAGUCUGCAAGGCGAGUUAACAGACUUUUCGCGACCGCGGCGGCUGGGCGGCCGAUGCCACACAGAAAUGCACGACCACCUCGCCGCCCUCCUCCUCCGCGGCGGCCGCCACCCAAGCACAGUCCACGGCGCCGCCGUGAAGCUCGGCUUUCUCGCCUCCACUUACCUCUGCAACAACCUCCUCCUCUCCUAUUUCCGCAGCAGCCUCCCCGCGGAAGCCCGCGGCCUGUUCGACGAAAUGCCCCACCGCAACGUCGUCUCCUGCUCAGUCCUCAUCUCCAACGUCUCCCGCCUCGGCGCUCUCUGUGAGGCCUUUCUGCUCUUCUCCGACAUGCUUCUCAGCGGAGGACGCGGAAGCUACGACCGCCCGAACUCGUUCGCUCUGGGCGCCCUGGUCUCUGGGUGCGCCCGUGCCAGUGACAUUGUCGCAGGCUCCCAAGUGCAUGCUUCUGCGGUAAAAUUUGGCGUGGCCGGCGAUGAGAGUGUUGCUGGGGCAUUGGUUGACAUGUACUCCAAGUGUGGGUGUGUGGACUCGUCGUGGCGGGUGUUUGCGCUCUCGCCACAGCGGAGCGUCGUGAGCUGGACCAGCAUGAUAGCCUGCCUUGUCAACAACGAUGGUUCCUCAGGACACCGUGAUGCAGCACUUUCCCUCUUAAGGAAGAUGUUACUCUUGAAGAUCUGGCCAACAAAUGCGACGUUUUCUUGCAUCCUGAAGGUGUUCGAUGCACCUGGGUUGCUCCCUGGAGGGAAGCAAAUUCAUGGCUGCUUGUUGAAGAUGGGCACUGAGGUCGAUCCUGCUUUAGGAACUGCUCUUAUAGCAAUGUAUGGUAGAUGUGGAGGAGUAGAUGAGAUAGCCAAGUUGUCUUGUCGGAUAAGGCAUGAUGCAUUCUCCAGGACUUCGCUGUUUGUAGCUUAUGCACGGAAUGGAUACAGCAUGGAGGCAGUUUGGAACUUUCGGGAGAUGGUCAUGGAAAAGAUGGCAAUUGACCAAUCAACCAUAACUAGCCUGCUCCAGGUUUGUUCAUCACUAGGACAGCUGAGAUUGGCCGAGGAGGUUCAUUGCUAUGCCCUAAAGACUCUCUUCAAGCUGGAUACUUCACUGCUGAAUGCUACCAUCACGGUUUAUGGCAGAUGUGGUGAUAUUGCGACUGCAGAGAUUAUAUUUGAUCUAUUAGAAAACAAGGACAUUAUAUCGUGGACAGCUUUGUUAACUUGCUAUGCACAGAAUGAUCUUCCUCAGGAGACACUCUUGUUUUUCAAGGAAAUGCUUCGGAAAGGCCUAGGGUCUCCGAUCUUUUGCAUCACCAGUGUGCUAAGAGCCUGUUCUAGUACCACAAACCAUGCUGUUGGACGGCAAAUUCAUUCGAGGGCAGUGAAGUUAGGAAUUGAUGAUGCCGAUUCUGUGGAGAAUGCUCUUGUAACCAUGUAUGCCAAGUGCGGAAGUGUUCACAUUGCAUUGAAAAUUUUCAAUUCAAUGAGGAGUAGAGGCAUUAUCUCGUGGAAUGCACUAAUCACAAGUUUUUCACAACAUGGAAAUGAGGUGGCAGCCAUUCAGCUAUUUGACCUGAUGCAAGAAGAAGGGAUAUGUCCAGAUGAUUACACUUUUGUUGGGCUGUUAUCAUCUUGCAGCCGAAUGGGCCUAAUCGCAGAGGGUUGUGAGUAUUUCAAACAGAUGAAGGCCUUGUACAACGUGGAACCCAAGAUGGAGCACUAUACCUGCAUGGUUGAUCUAUUUGCCCGUGCUGGAAGAUUUUCUGAUGCACUGGAAUUCAUUGAUGCUCUGCCUUGCCAACCAGACCAACUGGUGUGGGAGGCUUUGCUCGCUUCAUGUAGGACUCAUGGUAAUGUGGAGUUAGGAAGGCUGGCAGCAAAGAAGAUUCUUGAAAUACGACCAGAGGAUCCUUCACCAUACAUUACAUUAUCCAACAUUCAUGCUUCAGUUCACAUGUGGGAAGAGAAAACGUGGGAUCGCACUGUAUUUGAUUUCCAGCGAGUAAGAAAGUAUGCAGGAAGUAGUUGGGUUGAUCCACAAGAACCUGCAGAUAAUAUAUUUGAUGCAAUGCAAGUUGGAAUAACAUGAGAUUGGUGACAUGUUGAUGCUUCCUGUUCUACAUAUCAGAUGGAGUUAUUCUUCAUCAUGUGAAAUUGACUGGCUGCAUGUAAAUGUCCUUGAGUUACAUGUGCUGUGUAUUCAUGCCUCAGAAUUGACCUAUGUCAUAUCUCCACUAGGAAAAUGACUUGGUACGAAAGACUAGAUAUUUCUUUUAUGGCAUAGGACAUGGCUACAAUAUGUCUCUUGCUUCCAGGUGAGCUUUUUGAUGACAUUGGAAAUAUAGAGGUUGUCCCAUUAGUGAAAGAAAAUGUAAUGUUAGGCAUCAGUACAAUUUGCAUUUGCCUGCAAUGAAAGCAAAUAUGCAGCAAAUAAGAUGCAGUGCUUAAAGUGAGGCCAACUGCUACAUCAAUAUGGCUUCAUGCCCUGAUCUCAUAGGGUCUUACCAUUCUCAAUUCAAAGUAGGGGAGCUCGACUACAUUCUGCAAGUAGCCAAAGAUGGAAUGGGCAAAAGAAGAAUCGCAGAGCAACUAGUACUUGGACCUUCCCGUGAUGCGGACUGACUCAAGUUCACAUGAGAUCAGUAUCAAUUCUUGCAUGGAAGACUAAAUGGAACUCAUGAAUUCUGUGUAUUUAUUGUUACUAUUUGCAUACAACUUCUCCAAACCGUACAUUUUAUGCUUUUAUUCCUCACACCAAAAAAUGAAUCGAAUUAUAGUACUGAAGUGCAUGCUUUCUAACA